AUGGAUCACAUCCGGCAAAGACUGCCUGCUCCCAGGCAGGACAAACUCGCCAGGGAGGCUCGCAAGCAAGGCGGCCCGGCGGUCACCAGCCAGACGUAUGAGCCUUCCCGUAUGACCCAGCUAGCCAACCAGGCACCCUCUUGGUACAAGUCUGCUGCUCGACGCAAGCUCUAUGGGUUGUUGUUCCCUGCUGCGGUUGUCUCGUAUGCCACCUCUGGCUACGAUGGGUCGAUGAUGAACAGUCUGCAGACAGUGUCUUACUGGGACGAUUUCUUCGGUAACCCUCGCGGCGCCAGCUUGGGUCUCAUGAGCGCCAUCAUGUCCCUCGGCAGCAUCUGCUCAACACCUUUCGCACCAUGGGUCGCCGACAAGUACGGGCGCAGAUGGGGCAUCACGGUCGGCAGCAUCAUCAUGAUCGCCGGUGCCAUCCUGCAGUGCGAGAGCGUCAACUUCGCCAUGUUUGUCGUCAGCCGUUUCAUCCUGGGUUUUGGCUUGUCCUUUGCCACCACGGCGUCGCCCAGUCUGGUCAGCGAGCUGUCACACCCCAAGGAUCGUGUGACAGUCACGGCCAUCUGCAACACCUGGUAUGUCCCCUCUCAUGGAUUGGAUUCCGCUUUGACCGUAGGCUGGUUCGUCGGAAGCAUCAUCGCAGCCUGGGUCACCUACGGUACCCGUACCAUCCCGAGUACCUGGUCGUGGCGCAUCCCUUCUCUUCUUCAGAUGCUGCCCAGUCUGGUCCAGCUUAGCACCAUCUGGCUACUUCCGGAAUCCCCUCGAUGGCUUAUCAGCAACGACCGCGACGACGAAGCACUUGCUGCGCUCAAAUACUACCACGGCGAAGGCGAGGAGACAGAGCUCGUGCGACUUGAGUAUGAGGAGAUCCGCGCUGCCAUUGACAACGAGAAGAGCUCAAAGUCAACCACAUGGGCAUCCAUGGUCAGCACGCCUGGCAACCCGAUUAUCACAGGCAUGGGCUUCAUGAGCCAGUGGUCUGGCAAUGGCCUUGUCGCAUACUACCUCAGCCGCGUCAUGGACUCGGUCGGCAUUACCGACAAGAACACCCAAGCCCUUGUCAACGGGCUCAUCAACAUCUGGAACUGGGCCAUCGCGCUGACCUCGGCCUUCUUCGUCGAGCGUCUUGGCCGGCGCGUGCUCUUCCGCACGUCGACCCUCUGGAUGCUCGUCGUCUUCACGUGCUGGACCAUUGCCUCGGCGCGGUUCGCCGACACGGGCGUCAGCGCCGCGGGCAUUGCGGUCAUCGCGCUCAUCUUCAUCUACCAGGUCGGAUACUGCAUUGCCUUCUCGCCAUUACCCGUCGCGUACUCGGUUGAGGUGCUGCCUUACUCGAUCCGCGCAAAGGGCAUGGCGACGUACGUCUUUGCCACCAAGUGCGCCGUCUUUGUCAACCAGUAUGUCAACCCGAUUGGGCUGAAUAACAUUGGGUGGCGAUUCUACAUCGUAUACGUGGCGAUCCUGGCGGUUGAAAGCUUCAUCGCGUAUGGCUGGUUCCUCGAGACCAAGGGCAAGGCGCUCGAGGAGAUUGCCGUCAUUUUUGACGGCGACGCGGCUGAUGUCCGCAUCGAGGUUGAAGCUACCAAGCAGAGCGAGCUCGCUGCCAAGAGUGAGCAACACGAGCGCGUGUGA